AUGGAAUUGUCAACCUUAUUCGAAUACAUUUUUUCAUGUUCAUAUCCUCGCAGUUCCCCUCAAUGUCGUAUGAAAAACUACCACUGCCACACCCUGCUGAAGUUCGUUCAAACUACUGGUACAAGUACCAGCAGCAAUACUCGCAUGUGCUUUGAACCAACAUGCAGACCCAAAUUUUAUAUUUCCGCCUACAGAAACCCCGUCACCACCAUAAUCAUGAACAGAAGCACCGCUGGACGUCUUAUCCGAGCAUUUCACUCAACUGCCCGAGCGCGACAUGGUACUGCCGGCUCUACUUCGGCUUCCGAGGAGGAAAUGAAGCAUUUCAAACAAUUGGCUGCCACCUGGUGGGAUACUAAUGGCCCCCAGCGGAUCCUGCACAAGAUGAACCUCUUGCGAAUGGAUUUCAUGAACGAGAAUCUCAAGGUCCUGCAGCAAAACACCAGCCAGUCAGCUGUUAAACCUGCUGGUGUUUCUCUGGACAUUCUACCCGAUUCAGACCCACGAAAGACCAACGCUAUCCAGCUGACUGACAAGAAGCGUGUGUUGGAUAUUGGUUGUGGAGGUGGCAUUCUUGCAGAACACAUGGCCCGUCUGCCAUGGACCUCAUCGGUCGACGGAAUCGACAUGUCACCAGAUGUGCUCCAAGUCGCUGUGGAGCAUGCCAAGAAAGACGCGUCUCUGACCAAGAAGCUCAACUACAGACGAAUUGCACUGGAGGACCUGCCCAGGGACGAGAAGUUCGACAUUGUGACCAUGUACGAGGUGCUCGAACAUAUCACUUAUCCUGCCGAAUUUAUGAAGCAUGCCCUGUCCAAGGUAAACCCCGGAGGUUGGGUGUUCCUGUCCACUAUUAACCGAACCCCCAUCUCGUGGUUCACGACCAUCUUUGUGGCCGAGCAUCUUAUGCGACUGGUGCCUCCCGGAACCCACACCUACUCCAAGUACAUCAAUGAGGAGGAGAUCCGGGACUUUUUUGCUACACAAAAAGACUGGGAGUUUGUCGAUUCCAAGGGGUGCAUGUACGUUCCUGGCUGUGGAUGGGUCUGGACUCCCAAUGAGCGAAUGGGCAACUAUAUGAUGGCUUUUAGAAAGAAGGAUUAA